AUGUCUAGGACUUCUUACGACCGAUACCUCACCGUCUUCUCACCUGAAGGUCGGUUGUACCAAGUAGAAUACGCGUUCAAGGCCAUCUCUGGGUCAGGACACACUGCCAUCUCUGUGCGUGGCAAGGAUACCGCUGUCGUGAUUACGCAGAAGAAAAUUCCUGACAAGCUGCUCGAUCCGUCCACCGUUACGCAUCUCUUCAGCAUCACCCCCAGCAUUGGUUGUGUCAUGACCGGUCUCAUUGCCGACGCGCGAGCUCAGGUGAUGCGCGCACGUUCUGAAGCAGCCGACUUUCGCUACAAGUACGGCUACGAGAUUACCCCGGACGCACUCGCGAGGCGCAUGGCAAACAUCAACCAAGUCUACACCCAGCGCGCCGCCAUGCGGCCUCUCGGUAUUGCCAUGAUCCUCAUCGGUUCCGACCCUGAGUUCGGCCCUCAGUGUUUCAAGCUCGAUCCCGCCGGCUACUUUGUCGGCUUCCAUGCCACGGCCGCGGGCCAGAAGCAGCAGGAGGCCAUGAACCACCUUGAGAAGAAGUGGAAGAAGCUGGACUCGGGCAGAGGUGCUGACGACGCGGUGCGCGCGGGUAAGACGCUGUCUCGCGCUGAGGUCAUCGAGAUGGCGAUCGAGGCGAUCUCGACCGUACAUGCGACUGAUUUCAAGCCGGACGAGGUCGAGAUCGGGAUUGUCUCGGACUGUGACGAAGAGGACGCGAAGACGCGGGGCCAGUGGCGCGUAAUGGACGUGGCGGAGAUCGAGCGGCAUCUGCUCGCGUACGCAGAGAAAGACUGA